AUGAAGCAAGCGGAGAUCCACGCCAAAGCUGAAUACUUCAACUCAAAGUCCGGGCCUUCGGCUCGGCAAGAGGAACUGACAUUAAAGAAUUAUUCGGCACAGGGGCCAUCGUACCCUCAAAACGAAAGAACUGAUAAGUAUUUGGCAAGUCACAAAAGGAAAGACAAUCAUGACGCUCGCCAGGGACACUCAAAGAAAGGAAAAGGGAAAUACGGUCGCAAUGACCACCAGGCACCCCUACCGAAUCAUGACCGCAACCAGGAAGUCUUCACUAUGCUGAACACCACUUAUGAGGUUGUUCUAAUGAACGAACAAGAGAUAAUACCAAAGCCGAAUCACCGAAAGCUCAAUUGGCAGGACAAUCGGGAUACCGGAAAAUUAUGCUAA